ACGGAUAAAAAGUGUCGUCUGCUUUUGUUGUUUUUCCAAGUUUUGAAAAUGAAGCGGAGGUUAAGAUUAGAAGCAAAACGGAAUAAUGACAUUCUAAAUUCAGCUGAAGAGAAGAAAGUCAAACCAGACAAUCAAGAUGACAAAAGUUAUGCUUAUAACAUUGACUUUGGUAGCUCUCGUCUGCGCCGAGGAGCUGAAAGCUGAAGGCCGUCAGAUGAACUGGAGUAACCUUAACUUUGCCUCAAAGCCAGCCUAUCAGCAGUCCAGCUACGGAAGUGAUUCUAGCGACUCGAACGGAUCUCCCUCCGUGCAAAAUGCUCAAGCAAAAUCUUCCAGUAGCUACCAGGGCCUUGUGUCUCAAUCUUUGGACGGACAGGACAUCAACCGCGAUGGAAGCUAUUCGGCCCCAUCCGGCUAUGGAUCAAACAACGAUUACGGCUAUGAAGCUUCACCUGAUUCAUCUUACGGCAAUGCCGUCGGAUACGGGUAUGAUUAUCAGAGAAACCUUCCAACCCCUUCCGGCCGUUUUUACAGCAUGAAUAAUCCUUCUUUGCCUGGAAACCCUGUCCCUGAUUCGUAUUUGAGGGGAAUGCCUCGUGAACAACAGGAUCACUCUGGUUCACUAUUAUCCAGCAUGCAAAGCGGAAAGAUCUAUCAGUACCAGAGUCCAAGCGGAUUUAACUUUAAUAGCACUAAUUCCGAUCAAAUGACAAAUCGAGCUGGUUACGACGAAGAUGCUCCACUUGGCGGAAUUUCAUCGUCAUCAUCAACCGGAUCGAUGUUAUCAAGCACAUCUAUGCGCAAUCCCAUAUCUAGACAAGACGAUUUUAGUUACGGGACUGUGAAUGGCGGAUAUGGUUCCAUUCCGCCAGCCGCGGGAUACGGAGGUGGGGCAUAUGGCUAUGGUGGGGUUGGCUACGGGGGGUCUUACGCCUCGCCCGGCUACUCAAGCAACUACAGAGUUCCUUAUGGUGGUUAUUCAAGCUACGGGACUCCCUCUUAUUCUAGCGCUGGUUAUUCGGGGUCAUACGGCUCUCCGCUGUAUUCCGGCUCGGGCUAUGGUUCAUCCGGAUAUGGGGGCUACGGGGCGGGUGGCUACGGGGCCGGAAGCGGAUACGGAGCGGCGGGCUACGGGGCCGGAAGCGGUUACGGAGGCGUCUACGGGGCUGGAUACGGAGGGGGUUAUGGGUCUUAUGGUGGCUACGGAUCCAACUACGGAUUACAAACUGGAUUUCAACCAGGAAUCUUCAAAAAACCAAAGAAAGCUUUCCAUGAUUGGUUGAAAGGUAAAGACGUCCUCCCUUACGGCCACGGAUCAGACUACGGUUACGGAGCCAAUUACGCAGCCAUCCCCUACGACUAUUAUUACGACCCACCUGGCAUUUGGCAUUUGAGCAAAUUUGCCAUGAAAAGCAUCUUCAAAUCAAUGUUCAAACCCAUCUUUAAAUGGCUUCCAUUCUGCUCCCCGUUCUUCUACGCUCGUAGUGAUCGAUCAGAUGACAAACACAGCAGUUUCGUAAGUGCCUUGACUGCUUUCCUGCCCAUCGGUCUCUUCUUAGCCGCCAUCGUUCCAAACAUCGUUACCGUCAGUGCUGGUCGCCGUAAACGUUCAGAAGCUGGAACCAAAGAAGAAGCAAAAGCUGCUGUAGAUGAAGCUACAUUCCCCAUUCUCGACAUGAUCAGCUCUUUCGGCGUCCGUUCUCUACAGGAGCCCUCCUGCCAAUCCAAAAUCGUUUGUGAGAUUGGCCGGAUGGGCGGUCUUCCGGAGGCCAAUGCAGUUCAACGAGCUCUUUGGUUCACAGCAAACUAUGUUCCAGAACGCGUAUCGAACUUGAUCGGAGCGGACAAAUUAUUCCGUCAGAUCCGAAGCCAGCAAUGUUCGGAAUUUAUGUGCUCCUCUGACUAAUCCCGCUUUCAAAGUUCAAUCACGUAUCAUUUGUACCGGUGAUAGAUCUUUCGACUGUGACAACUAAACUUAAAAAAAACAAACAACAACAUCCGAAUGAAUUUUGAAAGAGUUAGCAUAUUCUGCCACCAAGAAUUUCUCUCUCCAAUUCUCUGUACAGAAUAGUAAAUGAUCAAAUGUUUCCUUCUUCUACUUUUCCUCACUUUUCCGUUUCGAGUUUAAAGAAAUGUUCUCAAAACCCUAAGUAUGUUUCAGAAAACACUAACAAACUAUUUAUACAUGCAUUCAAAUAUUUAUACCGUAUAACAAGACGAGUGCUCGUUGCAUUAAUAAACACAAUUUUUUCAUUCAA